CUGGGCAACCAAGGCGACGGUUGGCACGCGCGGGGCGGGAAGGGAGAGGCCGAAGCCGCCAGGUGGGUCCCCGGCAGUUUGGAAUCCCAGCUCAACGCAUGACGAGAAAUGAUUGACUCAGUCAAAAUAAGGAGACAGUGCAGCUUGGAUUUUUACUCUCAUUAUGAGCACCUCUGUGCAGUUCAAGGCUGCCCCCCUCUAGCAUCUGUGAAAGCAAAGAAGUUUCAAGGUGUUCUUGAUAUCAAUGCAGAUCGUAUCAAAGCUGCUGACUGGGUCCCCCUCCUGACCGCUAUCAAGCAAAACAAGACUUUGACGUCUAUUGCCAUAAAGAGCUUUCACCAUCAAGGGUAUGGAGAUUCAGGCAGUGAAAGGCAAGGUCCAUAUAUAAGAAGGAGAAUUCCAGCAGUUCGAUCCAAAGACUUAACCAGCCAGCUAUGUAAAGCUAUCAAAGGUUGCCUGACAGUAUCAAAUGCUUUGGGAAACCUGGAGCUACAGGGAUUGCUGUUGAGAGAGAAAGACUUAAUAUUAUUGACAAAAGGGUUGGCUAACACAGCAUCAUUACAGCGACUAUCUCUUGCACACUCACCAAUUGGUGAUGGAGGUUUGGAAAUAAUUUGUCAGAGUCUGAAGAAUUCUGCUUCCAUCAAAUCUGUAGAUUUUACAGGGUGCAGUUUGACCUGGCGGGGAACAGAACACUUGGCCAGCAUCUUAAAGUACCAAGCAAUGAGGAGACACGGAGAAGCUUGGGCGGAGAGUCUUCGCUACAGGAGACCGGACUUGGACUGCAUGGCUGGCUUGAGGCGCCUUACUCUCAACUGCAACAGCCUUAUUGGUGACCGUGGGGCUACUGUUUUAGCCGAAUGCCUUGGAGAAGACCUGUGGCUGAAAGCCCUUGAUCUGCAGCAAUGUGGAAUUACCAACGAGGGGGCAAGAUCACUCUUGGAUGCCUUUGAGACUAACACAACGCUCGUGGUUCUGGACAUCAGAAAAAACCCCUUAGUAGAUUAUGCCUUAAUGAAGAAAAUAAUAGAAAAGGCUCUUAUGAAUGCAGAUGGAACAAAUGUGGAGUUCAAGUGGCUCCCAUCUCCUUCCUCAAAAGAUGUUAAAAACAAACUGAAAAGAAGAACAGUGGUUUUGGGAAAUGGCAGGAAAGGAAAAGCUACUAUUCGAAUUGGGUUUUCUUCAAAAAAAUCUACAAGUCCUGGUAAGACAUCCUCGGUGGACCAAGAUAACUAUGCUCCAAAGCCAUUGCCCCCAGGAGCGCAUGGCUUUCUGCCGUGGCGUACUGCCGAACGUGCGAAGCACCACAGGACUUCGUCAGGGAAGAAGACACAUGAAUUUCCAUUGCAAAUCCAGGCUGGUAUCCCUGUAAAAGUCACUGUGGAAAGUGCUUCUACAUCUGAAACAGAGACUGAUGGUGCCACAGAAGAUGCCGUAUGUGCAGCUGAUGCCACAGAGUCUUCAGAAGUAAUUAACCUAGAACAUCACCAUCAGUUACAGAUGGAGUAUGAAGAAUGUCAGUUAAGAUUAAAAGAAGAACAAAAAGCGAGAGUAACUGCUGAAGAAAGGAUAAAAGAGCUGGAAAUGGAAAACGCCAGAUUACGGAAUCUAAACUCAUCCCUGUCGGAGGUUCUCCAUGCACAAUCGGUAGCCAGCACAAUUCUGGAAGAUGAAAGAGUUCUAGGCAGCAUUGAAAGCUCUUUCCAAAAGUUUCAUGCUUUUUUAGAUCUCCUGAAAGAUGCUGGGCUUGGACAGCUUGCAUCCAUGGCUGGUAUAGACCAAACAGACUUCGGCUUGUUGCAUGCUCCCCAAAUGACUUCUACUCUAACUAAGCCUCCACUGACCCCAAGGGAAAUGUCAUUUGAGGAAGAAAGGCAUGAACAUGUGCACAAUUUCACACGUACUGGCUCAGCUGCCGCCCCCAGCCCUGUCUCCUUCCAGGAAGACUUUGGUCCGUAUCAAGUUGCAAACAAUGUCCCUUCUGCUACAGCAAAAGUGCAAGGAUUUCAGGAGAUUGGUCUGUUCCAGGAAAGCUUACAGCAAGACAUGAAAGAUAAAAUGGACAGCUGGAGAAUGGAAGCAAAUGCGUCGAAAACAAGCCAGGCGGCAUCUUCGCAGAGGAGUGCCCAGUCGGUGGAGUUAAAAGCAAGAGAUUCCUCUACCAGGCACCCAGUUAUUGUUCGGCAUUCAGUGUCGGAUCCCAGUAUAAGUGUACAUAGUGGGUACAGUAACAGGUUCAGUUCCCUUCCAAGUGAGAACAGCAAGGUUUCUUCAAAAAGACUGCCCUUAACUGCAAACCUUGCUGCCCAAGGAGAUCAAAGUAUGCCUCUGGCUGCCCCUCCUGGAAAUGACACAGUCGGGUCUGAUUCUGAAAUACAAGAAGACAUUCAUUCUGUGGGAAGUCUUUGAAAACACACCAUUCAUUCCUACAAGGUGGUCCAUUCAUUGUGUUGGUUUCUUGGAAGAAAUGUACUGUUCAGAAAUGGUACGUGAUAUCCUACUCUCUCUAAAUACAUUUCACAUUUGUCCUUUUGCUACUUAAAUUUUUGCAAGAACCUCUUGGGAAGCAUUCAAGAAGACUGAGGGUGCAUUUUUCUUUUUAUAUGGUUUUAUAAAGGUUCCCAUGAGAUUCUGAUCAUUCUACUUCCAGUGUGUGUUAAUAUGCUACUAUAACUGAGUGAAUAAAAAUAUUUUUAACCUGUAGUCUAUUAUGUCUGUCGCUGCCUUGAUAAGAG